GGGGAUGGUGGGCCGGGGUAUCGCGUCUCUCGACUCGGCUCCUCGAUAUCUUGCUAGCAUACAGACAGUCGCCUGCCCGCAUCCAGUAUGGAUUGUUUACAGGAAGAAUAAAAAAUAGCGAUCACCAUCGUGGCAGCUGCUUCUGUUGGUAAAUACGCAUCAUUCACAACCGCUGUUGUCAUCGCUGCAUUGAGCAGAUGAUUUCUGAGCUUUGGUAAACAUAAGGCCUUUCAGCUGUUUGACUGUGUGGUAUAUGUCGGGGGUUAUUGUAGGAAGAUGAUCUAAACAACACUGCGGAUAUAUCUAACUUGUGUGCCCAUUAUCACCCAGAGGCGAGGUGCGUGUGAUAUCUUUUGUGUUUCUGUGUUGAGACAUUAAAGCUAGCUGUAGCUACAGCAGCUUGUCAUCUGAAUCACCACAGUUUUGUUAUUGCUGUAUAAUCAGCACACGUUCCCCUGAAGACAGCGAGUAACUAUGGCAGAACAAGACAUUUGUCCUCACCUGGACUCCAUAGGAGAGGUAACCAAGGAGGACCUCCUCCAGAAAUCCAAGGGCACUUGCCAAUCUUGUGGAGCAGGAGGCCCAAAUCUGUGGGCCUGUCUGCAGAGUGACUGUCCGUAUGUUGGCUGUGGAGAGUCCUUCUCUGAUCACAGCACCCUGCAUGCACAGGCUAAGAAGCACAACCUGACUGUGAACCUGACGACGUUCAGGAUCUGGUGUUAUGUGUGUGAGCGAGAGGUAUUUUUGGAGCACAGGCCUGCGCUGGUGCCCGUGCCUGCUGCUCCCCACCACUGUAAACCCACGGAGCAGGAAGCAGCUCCUCAGCCAGUAGGUCACCCGCUAAAAGCAGUACCGAUUGCUGUGGCAGAGGAAGAAGGUUCAGAGUCAGAGGAGGAUGAGCUUAAACCCAGAGGCUUGACAGGAAUGAAAAAUAUCGGUAACUCCUGCUACAUGAAUGCAGCUCUCCAAGCCCUGUCCAACUGUCCCCCUCUCACUCAGUUCUUCCUGGACUGCAGUGGAUUGGUUCGGACUGAGAAGAAGCCUGCUCUCUGCAAGAGCUACCAGAAACUAAUCUCAGAGCUCUGGCAUAAAAAACGGCCCAGCUAUGUUGUGCCUACCAGUCUGUCUCAUGGCAUCAAACUAGUAAACCCCAUGUUUCGUGGUUACGCUCAGCAGGACACUCAGGAGUUCCUGCGCUGUCUGAUGGACCAGUUACAUGAAGAGCUAAAGGAGCCUCUGACAGAGUGCAGCAUGAGCGGGGAGGGAAGUGAUGGUGAAGAGAUAAGAGAUGGGGACCGCUCCCCAUCCGAGGACGAAUUCCUAUCCUGCGACUCUGGCAGUGACCGUGGGGAGGGAGGAGGAGCGGGUGACAGUGAGCUGCUCCUGCAGGAUGAGUGUGACGGGGUCAGGUCACCGACAGGAGGGAUAGUGGGUGUCAAUACCGGCGGGGUGAUCUCGGAGAAGGAGAGGCUGAAGGAAAGGAGGGUGUCUGGCUCACCCUUUCGUGGAGGCUCGCAAGAGAUGGAUGAGGAUGCUGAUGUGGAUACAGCAGCUGAGGAGGGGGCUCCUGAGAGGGGGGAGGAAGAGGAGGCGAUGCCAACCGCAAACACUGAGGUCCAAAGCCAAGAGAAUAACCAGUUAUCUGAUACUGGGCAAGGGCAAAGCCAGAGCAACAACACCUCAGAGCCAGACAAUGAAGCGUCAAUGCCCCAGCCCCAGUCCACUCCCUGCAGUCCUGUGCGAACCAUUCAGGAGCUGCAUCCAAAACUGUCCUCCAGUCAACCUCGCUCCAGUCCCCUCCGCUCUGCAGGACCUGCGUACACCUUCAAAAAAGCUCAGCUGCUGCUCAGUGCCAGGAAGAAGAAACAGUCUCACUAUCGCAGUGUGAUCUCGGACAUCUUCGACGGCUCCAUCCUCAGUCUGGUCCAGUGUUUAACCUGUGACAGGGUCUCUACAACAGUAGAAACCUUCCAAGACUUGUCUCUCCCUAUUCCUGGUAAAGAGGACUUGGCAAAGCUCCACUCUUCCAUACAUCAGAACCUUCCAGUCAAGACAGGCGUGUGUCCCGACACUUACAGCUCACAGGGGUGGAUCUCCUACAUCAUGGACUCCAUACGCCGGUUCGUAGUCUCAUGUAUCCCUAGUUGGUUCUGGGGGCCCAUGGUGACCCUGGAGGACUGCCUCGCUGCCUUCUUUGCAGCAGAUGAGCUCAAAGGGGACAACAUGUACAGCUGUGAGAGAUGUAAAAAGUUGAGAAAUGGUGUCAAAUAUUGCAAAGUACUUAGACUUCCAGAGAUUCUGUGCAUUCACCUGAAACGCUUCCGGCACGAGGUCAUGUAUUCGUUCAAGAUUAGCAGCCAUGUGUCCUUCCCGUUGGAGGGCCUCGACAUGCGACCUUUCCUGGCUAAAGAGAGUCCAUCCCAGGUCACCGCUUACGACCUGCUGUCAGUCAUUUGUCACCAUGGCACUGCAGGAAGUGGACACUACAUAGCUUACUGUCAGAAUGUGAUCAAUGGCCAGUGGUAUGAGUUUGAUGACCAGUAUGUCACAGAGGUCCAUGAGACGGUGGUGCAGAACGCAGAGGCCUAUGUGUUGUUCUAUAGAAAAAGUAGUGAGGAGUCUGUGAGAGAGAGGCAGAAGGUGGUGGCCCUCGCCAACAUGAAGGAGCCCAGCCUGCUGCAGUUUUACAUCUCCAGAGAAUGGCUGAACAAGUUCAACACCUUUGCCGAACCAGGCCCCAUCAGCAACCACACAUUUCUUUGCCAACAUGGAGGGAUCCCUCCUAAUAAAUACCACUACAUAGAUGACCUGGUUGUGAUUGUUCCUCAGAAUGUGUGGGAGUACCUUUACAACAGUUUUGGAGGUGGCCCAGCGGUGAACCACCUGUAUAUGUGUGCCAUCUGCCAGGUGGAGAUUGAGGCUCUGGCUAAGCGCAGAAAAAUGGAAAUAGACACCUUCAUAAAGCUGAAUAAAGAGUUUCAGGCUGAAGAGGCUCCGACGGUGAUCCUGUGCAUCAGCAUGCAGUGGUUCCGAGAGUGGGAGAGCUUUGUGAAGGGCAAAGACAACGAGCCACCUGGUCCCAUCGACAACAGUAAAAUUGGUGUUAUGAAAGGAGGACACAUACAACUGAAGCAAGGCGCAGACUAUGGUCAGAUCUCAGAGGAGACGUGGCAGUACUUGUUGGGUAUUUAUAGCGGAGGCCCUGAGAUCGCAGUGAGACAGACUGUGGCCCCGGCUGACCCCGACAGCCUUCAUGGAGAGAGGAAGAUCGAGGCAGAAACCAGAGCACUUUGAGAUAAAAAGAGGUCUUCUGAUUCCCCCCUUUCCACUCCUGCCCUCGCAGGAAGCUGAGGAAUUUGCACCUUGGUGAAGAAGCCUUGUUGUGAGCACUUUGUAAAUGUAGCAACGUAUUAUUCUGAAGCCGUGACGCGAGAGGGUGAAACGGUACUUAAAUAUCACAUAGUUUAUUUAUUGGAUAACUCUGAUCCUCAAUGUUAAGGUGUAAACAAAAAAAAAAAAAAAUAAUAAGACGUCGUGUCACAUCUCUGGAGCUGUUUUUGGUAGCUAUGGUGUUUCAGUGGCUGCUGUAGUGACUAGGUGUCAGAUACUGCUUUAGUGGCAGACAGCUGCUGGUGUCGGGAACCAGCCUGCUGAAGAGGACAGAACUACGGUGUGAUGUUUGCUUUGAGGACUGCACUUUUCUUCUUCGUUGAAAGCAACAACCAAGAGAUGUUAACAAGCUUUCUGUUUGCCUGUUUACUAGUUACAUAGCAACAAGUUCAGACAUCAAAGUGAGAGAUAUUACAUAAAUCAUACUCUUGCACCUCCAACCUUAAACACACAGGAUAACUGAGCCCUCAGGAAUGAAGUCUUUGGUUUGUUAAAGCCAGUGAAAUGAUCAGAUUAACAAACUUUAAAGAAAACACCAAAGCAGGUUUGUGUCACACCACAGAACAUGCAUGUGUUCCUCAACGACCAUUUUCAGGGUGGGUUUGCAAAGCUUCAAAAUGCAUGUUACUGCUCCUCCUUUAUUUGGACCUGUAAGGCCAUUUCACUGACAGGAUGAGGUGUCGAGUUUGUUCGCUCAAAUGCAAAAUAAAAUCUUUUCUGUCUUUAAAACGAUGGAAAUAUUGAGUCGCUCCUGUCUACAAAUAGGCACAUGGGCAUAAAGAUAUAAAGACAUGGCAAAGUUCGGAAAAGUCAAACUAACUUAAGUUAAAUAUGGCAGGAGUUAUGUAAGUAGAAGAGUAUAUAUCUGGUGCAAUAGCUGUACAUUUUCCAAAGAAAGAGGAUGUUGUGCAACAAAACAUCAACUGUCUUCUCUAAUGACAGCAUACAAAGUAAGCUUGUAAUUCCUCUGAAACAGUUGUCAUACAGUUAGUUCUAGUCAUUAAGUGACUAAUAAUGCAGUACCUGUUUUAACAGAGAGGGCAGUAUUUUCACCAUGUAAUAAUUUAGCAGAGAAGUAGAAAUCUGACAUCACAAAUAAUGAGCACAACAUGCACAAAUCCAAGACAGCAGUAAAGUAAUUUAUGAUAACUAUUUGAUUUUUUUAUUUAGUCAUAAUGUCUUAAUUGUGCACGUUUCGCCAUCAGAAAAAUGAAGCUGUACCCCCCAUAAGGUUAGGGAUAUCAAACUAUGCGUUAUUUACUUGUAAAAAAUAUUUGUGCAUCUGCAAAUUUCAUUUCUGUUGAAGAGGCAUUUUAGAUUUGUACGCAAAGAUACAGAUCUUCACUGAUUGAGACGCUUGUUUACUCAAAUUAUAAUCUGCUCCACCCACACAGGAAGCCAUUGAUCAAAAUGUUCCCCUAACCGCAAUGCUUUGUUUCGAGAAAAAAUGAUUCAGAUCUUGAGGUUUUCUCAUCUUUUAAUAUCUUCUGAUCAGAGAUCAGACUGGUAAACAAGGGUGUUUUCUGCAAUAUAACAACAUUUUAAAACAACUCCUAAAGAGCAGCCAAUAUGCACAGUUGCUCAUUUUUGAUGGCUGUUACUAAGUUUUAAUCUGAAAUAUUCAAAGUAACAUUGCAUAUUGUGUAGAUUUUUUUUCCGUUACAGCAUUAGUCAAUGCAAGAUUAAGGUGCCAGGGUUACAUCUGUAAAAAAUGGGUCAGUGAGUCAGUUAAAGCUCAGCAAGAUAAAACACUUCCUCCUUUAUGUUAUUGUAGAUAAAUCACAUGCCUGCCUUUUUUAAUGUAGGCUACAGAUCUGCAAAGACAAAGUUUGCCACCACAUUUAAAGCAGAUGACGCCUAGCAUUGCAUAACAAGACUGUUGAGUGUAACAGCUUUUCUGUUAUUUAUUAAUGUUAAUAAUAAAUACUAUUUUUGAAGGCCCAGACUAGAAAAAUUAAAUUAUUAUUUUUUUCUGUUAAAGAAGCUGUAUGCGACAUUCAGAGCGUAUCUAUGAUUGAGAGUCCGAGCUGGGCUUGUCUGCACAUGGCUUUCAACAUGGAGGUGGUUGAGCAGGCAGCUAGCAGCUAAAGGUGCUAACAAUGAGAAUGCAUUAUCAGAGGUAAUUGUUGUAUGAGCACAUUGCAGUGGGGACGAUAAGCUAGUCAGUGGGUUACACGCACAGGGUCUCACAUGCACUGAAAUGCACAGGCUGCCAGCACAGCUACCACAACAACAACAACAGAGAACCUCAGAUAACAACACACACAGAGGAAGCGUGACUGCAUUCUCUGCUCAGGACGCCAUUACUCCACUAUAUCUUUACAUAGCAAAUAGCAGUUUGCUGCUAUAUUAAUACUCUGAAUGUUGCAUACAGUGCCUUUAAGUUGAAUAAUUAUUUUUAAUAGCACAAUUAUUUAAACUAUAUUAAAAAUGGCAAGAUAGUAUUAAAUAAAAAAAAUUUGAAGUUACAGUUGAUUUACAUUUACAGUUUUAUGGUAAAAUCCUGUUACAUGUCAUGUUACAUAAAGCACCAAUUCACCAGUAAGUUGUUUUAAAAUCUUUUCCAUUAUCAUCAAUCUUUAAAGUAGUAAUUAUAAUUAUUAGACUUUUGCAGAAAAACAUCCAUAAGUUGGAGAUCCACUCGGAUAAAUACUGCUAUUUACCAGUCUAAACGGCCACAAGACGUAUCAGUAAAUACAAAUGAGUGACAGCCCAGCAUCUUGAAGCCUGUUUGACUGUAACUUUUAAUGCCAAAUGACUGCAAAGAAGAAUGAAUACUGAUUUUAAUCUUUAGCUGCGGCGCAGUAUUCACAUAGAGAUACAGUAGUUCAAACCUUUUGCUGUUCCUUUUUUUGACACCUUUUUUGUAGCAGCACUCAAACUAUGAGAUCUGGUAAAGAUAAAAGCUAAUUAUGAGCUGAAAUGUAAAGAAUAUAGUAGUGUUAUAAUUUAUGAUGCAGCACAGUCAUCCUACCUUGAAAUACAGUGCCUUCAAGCCCCUUCACACCCACAAUGCACGUGCACAGGUGUUUUUACAUAUUUUUGCCUGAAUAUGACUGUGUGAGCAUAUACAGACAUUAAGCAUUUGAAGUUAAGUUCAUGGUGUUUGUUGACCUCGAAAUUCCCUGCAUCGCUCUGCUCAGCUGUAACCUGAGCCAAUCUUGCAUUGACAUCAGCCAGGAUGUGUAAAAAACAGCUGUGUGGGUGUUAAAGGGUGACCGUAAACUUUCUAUCUACCUUGGCUUUGGAAAGGUCUCGUUAGCGGUGUACUAUUAGAUCUCCCAGCUGUAUUUCACUGUAAGAUCAAUCAAAAGAGGUGACCGUGAUCUCAAAAAAUGAAAUUCAAAUACAUGACACAAGAUACAGUGUGGGGAGGGGGAGUGACGUAUAAAUGUGUAUGAACUAAGAAGGGUAUUCAGAGUGCCCAUUGAUUAAAAAAUGUUAAAGUUUCUCUCCCGGCACUGAUUUAACCCCUAAAAACUCAUCUCUGUUCAUCAAAAUCUCAUAUUUAAAAUCCUUUUAUACCUUGAAAUGGUGAUCAUAUAACUAUACAUCUUUACCUGACUUAGUAUGCGUGGAUUGAUAAAUAUGCAAAUUAGCCCGCUCCCCAGACGCUCACCUGCAGCAGCGCAUCCAUCCACCUUCGAUUCUGUUCAUCAAACAAACAAACCUCUGCUUGUAAACUGUAUUAGAUAACGUGAGCCUUUAGCUUGACCAUGUUAUCGGCUAAUAAUGUGUUGCUAAUGUUGUAAACUUUUUCCCAACUGCCCUGACGAGUUGAACUCCCGCCUUUCGCUGUACAUUAUGGGAUUGGUCUCUAAGGUUUGUGAUGACACAAACUGUCAUUGGUACACUGCAGUUCCAAGGUGAAAAUGCUCACCCAUGGCACUGACUGCUUAUUUUGCUCAUGAUAUAUGUCUUGUAGCACAUAAAAAAAACACCAUAUGGACAGAUUAACAAGGUUAAAAACUUGAUAUUCAGUGGAGGGGGUCUUUCAAGGUAUAGUUUGUCAUUUCGGGCUUUCUGGCCGAGAGUCAGAUGAGAAGACUGAUGAUGAUUUUCUCAUUGAACUUGAUUUCAGACUAUUCCUUUAAAGAUGUAAAAUAAGUUGUUAACAUACAUAAAACAAAGCUUGGCCUCAAAAUGAUGCAUCACUUAGAUUCAAAGUUAGUUUUCUUAGUUAGCUAAAACUAGAAAAACUUAGAGAAUUCAGGAAAAACAAGACAGACUUGUGAUACAAUCUAACAAAGAUCCAACAAUUUCAAAAAGCUCAACAGAGGUAUCUGUCCAACAAGACACGAAGAUGGUUACUCAGAAUACCCAAGAUGACUUAAAAGACUCACUACAGAUAUUUUGACUUGGCGUAGCAGGAAAAGCAGGUGUAUCUUAUACCAUUAACAAUCAUCCAAUAUUCUGUUUAAAGGCUCAGUUUGCAAUUCAGGUGAAAGAAAGUUUAUUGUUGAGUCUCAUUCCCAGGUCAUCAAAUACAAAUACUUUGGGUUGGUGGUGUCAGUAUUUACAGACUUUGGCGAUAAAUAUAAGCCCCGUGCUCUGUUUUUUGGUCCCUACCAACUCCCAAGGGAAAUAUCUGGCUCUUUAGCUGCUAAAUGCCCCACUAUGUUUAACAGCUAGUUGCUAAUUGUGCCCAUCUGCAGUGGGUUUUUAGUGAAGUUGUGGGCAGGGCAGCAAACCAAUAAGCUGAAACUCACUAAUAACCUCUGGAAAGCUGAUAAUCAUCGCAACCACUUUCAAGUUGUCAUUUGAUGCACUGCUAUCAAAAAGACAUCAAUUAUAGCCAUCUUACAUUUGAAGCUAACAGUCGUGAUACAGCCUAGCUAUUGUCACUGUCAUGGCUAACAUUAACAAAAGCUGCAGUUCCUUGAAUGACCACUUGAGGCUGGCUACAGAGGUGAAAACGGGGAUGGAUUUUUAUACAACUCACCCUGUUACAUUUAUUAAGGCUUCAAGUUAUGCAUAAUGAAGGGCGGGGCUGCUUUGAGUGACAGGCUGUCCAUAAGAUAAGACAGCUCCAGCCUCCCGUCCAAAUAUGGUCACCUCUGGCUCCAAAAAACCAAGACGGUGACUGCCGAAAUGCCAAACUCAAGGCUUUAAAGCAGGAGUCCACAAACCAAUGGGUGACAUCAUGUUGGCUACAUCCAUUAUUUUAUAUAGCCUAUAACAUUAACCUAGCAAGUAAACAAACCAUCUUACAGUUUCCCAACACUCUCAGAUGAGGACACUGAAUACAUGGUGGUAACAGAACCUAUAUCAGUGGUUACGGCUCAGUGUCAUCAUACCUGCCUGAAUGGGGCCUGAAAAAAAUACUUAACAGAAAUCAGCAAUCAUUAAUAUUUUUAAUUUCAGUUGAAUUAUUCCUGCCAUGACAUGUCAAACAUCACCUCUGUCUAUGAACUUUCUUCCAGACCAUGGCCUAAAGCAAUCCAUGUCUCUGUUUAGUUUGUUGAUGUGCCCAAAGAGCAAUUUACCAUUUUUAACAGCAGAGGACACUGAUCUGCCCAUUUGUCAAAACAGUUUUGUAGUACUUUUCCUUUUUACACAUGUUCAGUCUAGCAAGAGAUGAUAUCAAAACUAGGGGAAUGUGUGUGUGCUAUGUUGAGAUACUUAUUGGGGAGUUUGUGCAAUUAAAAAAAAAAAAAAAAAAAGGCAAAUCUUUGUGCAAUCUUAUCAUCAGAGAGACACUGGGCAGCUAUCAAACAGAGCAGUUUGAGCAGCUGACAGUAAAAGACUGAGGCACUGCAGCUUAUUAUAUUGCAGUGUUAAGACGUGCCAUGUGGUAAUUACUCAAUUAUCCCCACCUGUGAGUUUGCCUCUGUUACAGCACGUAGCCAUGCGUGUGAGAUUUCCAUUUCACUGGUAAAUACAAGCAUUCCUGUGGUUGGACGGAGUUCAUCAGUAUUAUCAUGACACCCUGGAGACGGCACAACAGGAUUUCACUGACUUAUGUUUUCCCCUCAUUUUACAGUGUGGCUGUUGUGGUCAUGAUAAUGGUGAUGCCUGAUAACAUGGGACUUAAGUGGUUGACCUCAAUUCAAUGGGAUGUCUUAAUGUCUGUAUAACUGAUGUAAUUAUUCAUGUCUGGUUAAAUGAUUAAAACUGCCUGGUCUUUGA